CCGUCUCUGAAGAGUCGGCCUUGGAGGGACACGGAGAUCGGCGGGAGGACUGGGGGAAGGGACCCGGGCCUAGAACAACUGCUGACUAAUCGGCGGGCGGCGGGGGAGGGGGUGGCGCGCCGGCUCGGCUGGGGUCACGCGCCCGAGUGCAGGCAGAAUGGGCUUGGGGCUCUCGGGCCUCGCCGGGAAGCUGGAGUCCCGACUCCCAGCCAGGGGCCCCACCCGGCAUUCCGGGGGCGGGGGGCGCCCUCUGCAAAGGGGAAACUGAGGCCCAAGGAAUUUGGGAACUUUUCUUAAAGUCACAAAGCUGAGUCCGACCCACACCCUGGGACCCCCCACUCUUUCUGUCACUCAGAAGAAUCUACCCCAUCCUUGUCUUCUCAUUCUGUCCUCCGAGCUUCCCAGUAAGUGAACACAUAUGGAGAACUUGGGGAUGAGUAAGAGGAGGGCACUCCCACCUGCCCUCUGCCUAGACUACCUGCCCAGGAAGAAAGACAGGCCAAACUGUGCUUACUAGGUAGGAUAAGAUCCAUGAAGCAAGAGAUGGGGCAUUUGAACUGGGCUUCAAGGGGGUGAAUAGGAGUUUGCCUGUUGGAGAGAUGGAGGGAGGGACAUUGCCGGCUGAGCAGCUUUCUACGUUUUUCUGGCAGGAAACUGACAGCACACAGCCUCAAGACCACCCUUGACACCCUCAGCCACGCUAUGCGUGCCCGAGGUCCCCCUGGCCUACCGUCCCCGGCGCUACCUCUCGCCUCCUCUGUCCUGAUGUUGCUGCUGAGCAGCCUGUGGCUGGUGGGGGCUGGCCCCAGCCUUGCCCUGGCCCCGGAGCUGCUGCUGGACCCUUGGCAGGCGCACCGGCUGCUGACCCAUGCCCUGGGCCACACGGCCCUACCUGGUCUGCUCCUGAGCCUGCUGCUGCUGCCCACCCUGGGCUGGCGGCAGGAGUGCCACCUGGGCACGCUGCGGUUCCUGCAUGCCUCUGCCCUGCUCGCCCUGGCUGCCGGGCUCAUGGGGGUGCUGCUGGCGGGCCUUGGGGUGUCCGGUGCAGCUGGCGGCUGCGGCUACAUGCCUGUCCACCUGGCCAUGCUGGCAGGGCAGGGUCACCACCCUCGCCAGCCCCAGGGGGUCCUGCCAUCAUGGCUCCUGCCGUGGCUGCUGCUCGCCUUGACACCACUGCUCAGCUCCGAGCCACCCUUCCUGCAGCUGUUCUGUGGCCUUCUUGCCGGCCUGGCCUAUGCAGCCGGGGCCUUCCAGUGGCUGGAGCUGUCGGAGCGGCGGCUGCAGGCACUGCAGGAGGGGGUCUUGUGCAGGGCCCUGGCCGGGUCCUGGCCACUCAGACUCCUUCCUACCCCAGGCGGCCGGGCCGAGCUGCCUGUCACCCAUCCUGCCGGAGUUAGGCCUCCCACCCCUGGACCUCCUUACAUGGCCUCCCCUAGCCUCUGGUCCCGCAGUGAAGGCUCAGCCCCGCUCCCGCCAGGCCUGGGGCCUGUGCAGCCGACCUGGGAGGGCUCCUCAGAGGUGGGCCUGGCCUGGGCCGGGCCCAGCUUCCCCCCAGGGACUCCGCUGUGGGCAGCCCUGGAUGAGCAGAUGCUGCAGGAGGGGAUCCAGGCCUCGCUCCUGGAGGGGCCAGCCCCGUGUCCCGAGAGCCCACUACGGCUGUCUAAGUCCUCCGUCUCGUCUCUGCGGCUGCAGCAGCUGGAGCGCAUGGGCUUCCCCACAGAGCAGGCAGUGGUGGCCCUGGCAGCCACAGGCCGAGUGGAGGGUGCUGUGUCACUGCUGGUUGGGGGGGAGGUGGGCACUGAGGCCCUGGUGACUCAGGGGAGGGGUGGGCCCGCUCACCCCGAGGGUCCUGGUCCCCCCUAGCCCAUGCAGGCCCUUGGGUGACGAGGCUUGGCCUGUAGGUGGGUAGUCUGAGCCCAGCCCCGUGUGCCAAGCCGCGGUGUGGUGUGGGAGACACCCCUCCGGCACCCCACCCUGGUACUGUUUAGAAUAAAAACCAGUUCAUUUUUCAACCUGGA